GAUAGAUCACAAACAGUUUCACUCUCUGUGAGUGUGUUUGUGUGUGUUAUACAGGAAGGGAGGAGGGCCCCAGACAGACAGCGUGGCUGCAUUGUCGCAGCAAGACAACUUGUCCAGUCCACCAGCAGCUCAGCCGCUCACAACAUCCUCAGGUCGAGCCCUUCACACCGGACAUGCGGGGGCUGCCUUUAUUUUCUGUAACUAUUCAACUUACAACCCACAACACGAGGAUUUGUUGUCGGUGUGGAAUAACGGUCACAGUCACAGAUAUCUGGCACAGAGGCUGACAGGCGACAGAUAACACCCUGCUUUGCCCGGCGCCGGGAGCCACCAACCGGCCGCUGGGAACUGGAGGGGUGGGAAGGCUAGCUAACUGGCAUUAGCCGGGGAGAGCCUCUCGGACCAGCAUCCUCAGACACAUCGCUGCGUUGACGCCGACUCUAAAGAGUAGUGACAGUGUGGAGAUGGACUGAACGAUGAAGGGCGGAAGAGUCCCAUCUUCAAAAUAAGAGGACUUCUCUCUUAGGUUGUGCUCUGCAGCUUGACUGUGUGACUGAGCUGGGAGAGAGAGAAGAAGAUGCCUCCCAGGCCGUCCUCAGGGGAGCUAUGGGGUAUCCACCUGAUGCCUCCCAGGAUUCUGGUGGACUGUCUGCUGCCCAAUGGGAUGAUCCUGACACUGGAGUGUCUCCGUGAGGCCACGCUCAUCACCAUCAAACAUGAGCUGUUCAAAGAGGCCCGGAAAUAUCCCCUCCAUCACCUCCUACAGGAGGAGACAUCCUACAUCUUUGUCAGUGUUACACAGGAAGCAGAGCGGGAGGAGUUCUACGAUGAGACGCGGAGGCUGUGUGAUCUCCGACUCUUCCAGCCCUUCCUCAAGGUCAUUGAACCAGUUGGCAACAGAGAGGAAAAGAUCCUCAACAGAGAGAUUGGUUUUGCCAUUGGUAUGCCUGUGUGCGAGUUUGACCUUGUGAAGGACCCUGAGGUUCAGGACUUCAGGAGAAACAUCCUGAAUGUUUGUAAAGACUCAGUGGAGCUGAGAGAUGCCAGCGGGCCCCACAGUAGAGCGCUGUAUGUUUACCCACCCAAUGUAGAAUCCACACAGGAACUUCCCAAGCACAUCUAUAGCAAACUGGACAAAGGUCAGAUUAUUGUUGUGAUUUGGGUGAUUGUUUCUCCGAACAAUGACAAACAAAAGUACACACUGAAGAUCAACCACGACUGUGUACCAGAGCAGGUGAUUGCAGAGGCCAUUCGUAAGAAGACACGUAGCAUGUUGCUGUCCCCGGAGCAGCUAAAGAUGUGUGUUCAGGAAUACCAGGGUAAAUACAUCCUCAAAGUUUGUGGCUGUGAUGAGUACCUACUGGAAAAGCACCCCAUCAGUCAGUAUAAGUAUAUCCGUAGUUGCAUCAUGCUGGGCAGGAUGCCUAACCUGAUGCUAAUGUCUAAGGACAGCCUGUACACCCAGUUGCCUACAGAUAACUUCGUCAUGCCGUCAUACUCUCGACGUAUCUCCACGGCAACGUCCUAUAUGAACGGCGAGGCAGCAGCCAAGUCGCUGUGGACCAUCAACGGAACUCUGCGAAUACGAAUCCUCUGUGCCACCUAUGUUAACGUCAAUAUACGGGACAUAGACAAGAUAUAUGUGAGGACAGGCAUUUACCAUGGAGGUGAACAGAUGUGUGACAAUGUCAACACACAGAGGGUACCCUGCUCUAACCCCAGGUGGAAUGAGUGGCUCACCUAUGAUAUGUACAUCCCAGACAUCCCCCGUGCUGCCAGACUCUGCCUCUCCAUUUGCUCUGUCAAGGGCAGGAAGGGAGCCAAGGAGGAGCACUGUCCAUUAGCUUGGGGUAAUAUCAACUUGUUUGACUACACUCACACGCUAGUGGCCAACAAGAUGGCUCUGAACCUCUGGCCUGUCCCUCAUGGCCUUGAAGACCUCCUCAACCCCAUAGGAGUCACUGGAUCCAACCCCAAUAAGGAAACGCCAUGUUUGGAGCUGGAGUUUGACCACUUUAGUAGUCCAGUAAAAUACCCAGAUAUGAAUGCAGUAGAGGAUCAUGCAAACUGGACCAUCUCGAGGGAACUGGGAUUCAACUACAAUCUCUCUGGACAGAGCAAUCGUGUGGCUAGAGAUCACGCCCUGACAGAGACCGACACUGAGCAGCUGAGGCAACUGAGUAACAGAGACCCUCUGUCAGAAAUCACUGAGCAGGAGAAAGACUUCCUCUGGAGACACAGGCACUACUGCAUGAACAUCCCUGAGAUCCUUCCCAAGAUCCUUCUCGCUGUCAAAUGGAACUCCAGAGAUGAAGUAGCACAGAUGUAUUGUCUGUUAAAAGAGUGGCCAUCUAUCCGUCCUGAGCAGGCCAUGGAGCUGUUGGACUGUAAUUACCCAGACCCCAUGGUCAGACACUUUGCUGUACGCUGCCUUGACAAAUACCUGACUGAUGACAAACUGUCCCAGUACCUGAUUCAGCUUGUACAGGUAUUAAAAUAUGAGCAGUAUCUCGACAAUCCCCUGGCACGCUUCCUCCUCAAAAAGGCCCUUACCAAUCAAAGGAUAGGACAUUUCUUCUUCUGGCAUCUCAAGUCAGAAAUGCACAAUAAGACAGUGAGCCAGAGGUUUGGGCUGCUGUUAGAGGCUUACUGCAGGGCUUGUGGCAUGUACCUCAAACACCUGAGCAGGCAGGUAGAGGCGAUGGAGAAGCUCAUAAACCUCACUGACAUCCUUAAACAGGAGAAGAAGGAUGAGACGCAGAAGGUCCAGAUGCGGUUUCUUGUGGACCAGAUGAAGAGACCUGACUACAUGGAUGCCCUUCAGAACUUCACAUCUCCUCUCAACCCCGCACACCAACUGGGAAACCUGAGGUUGGAUGAAUGCAGGAUUAUGUCAUCAGCAAAGAGGCCGCUGUGGCUGAACUGGGAGAAUCCUGACAUCAUGUCCGAACUCCUCUUUCAGAACAACGAGAUAAUCUUCAAAAAUGGAGAUGACUUGCGCCAGGAUAUGCUGACGUUGCAGAUUAUUAAAAUCAUGGAGAAUAUUUGGCAGAAUCAGGGACUGGAUUUACGGAUGCUUCCCUACGGCUGUCUGUCAUUAGGAGACUGUGUGGGUCUCAUUGAGGUGGUUCGCAGCUCCCACACCAUCAUGCAGAUUCAGUGUAAAGGUGGCUUGAAGGGAGCCCUGCAGUUCAACUCAAACACUCUGCAUCAGUGGCUCAAGGACAAGAACAAGGGCGAGAUGUAUGACUUGGCUGUGGAUCUGUUUACGAGGUCCUGUGCUGGCUACUGUGUAGCUACAUUUAUCCUUGGGAUAGGAGACAGGCACAACAGCAACAUAAUGGUCAAAGAUGAUGGACAGUUGUUUCAUAUAGAUUUUGGCCAUUUCCUGGAUCAUAAGAAGAAGAAAUUUGGCUACAAAAGAGAGCGGGUGCCCUUCGUACUGACGCAAGACUUCCUUAUUGUCAUCAGUAAGGGAUCCCAGGAGUGCACAAAGACCAAAGAGUUUGAGAGGUUCCAGGAGAUGUGUUAUAAAGCCUAUCUGGCCAUCCGGCAGCAUGCAAACCUCUUCAUCAACCUGUUCUCCAUGAUGCUGGGCUCUGGCAUGCCUGAGCUGCAGUCAUUUGAUGACAUUGCCUACAUCAGGAAGACUCUGGCUCUGGAGAAAAGUGAACAGGAGGCGUUGGACUACUUUAUGAAACAGAUGAACGAUGCUCACCAUGGAGGAUGGACCACUAAGAUGGACUGGAUAUUCCACACAAUUAGACAGCAUGCACUAAACUGAUCCCCUGCACAGAAACAACAACAAAAAAAAAACCACCAGUCCCACCAUGGAGUAUUGUCUGUCAGCCAGACGCAGCAUUAGUCCUUCAAGGAAUAUCAGUUCUGUUACAGCAGACACCACAAACAGCUCACUGAUGACGGAAGUUCUCAGCUUGAAUCUUUUUUUUUUUUUACUAUUUGUGUUUAUUUAAACAAGGUUUGCAUUUUCUUUGCAUCAUCAUCUGCCUUUUUUUGUGUGGUCUUUAAGAUGCUCUCGCACUACCCUCUGCUUGUUUCGGGGACUACAAGAAAGUUUUCCUCAUGUCCCGGUGAAGAUGUGCCCUACCUGGCUACUAUGCUUCCUCGAUUUUUUGUUUUUUUUGCCUGACACAAAUAAACUGGGUAACCAAGGAAAUUUUACCCCUUACUCUGCUGCUCUUGGAGGAAAAACACAAAUUGGACAAAGAAGAUGUAUCUGCCAAGCUGUACAUGUAGCCACAAAGGGAGCUCGCCUUGCUGCUGCUCCUCUGCUGUAGUAGUGCUGCAUUGUGGCUCCAGCCCAGACAGGAAGUGCUUGGGAAACUUUUUUUUUUUUUUUUUUUUUUCCAAUUUUAUCUCUGCUGAGAGGAUGACGGGCACAAGGAACUGUCUAAAUUACCUUGCAUAAAAGAAGUGUUACUCAAAUUCAUUGUAUAGCGCAGGAGUCCUGGAGUAAUGGCUUCUAUGAUGACUACCACUGCACAGUCUUCCACCAUCUUUGUGGUGAAAUUGCCCUUCUGAGCUGAUUUGUUGUCGGCUUUCAAAUUUCAAAGCUCAAAAAACUGCACUGCAGAAGAGCGAGUGUGUUGUUUUGCACAGCUCUGCAGUCUCCCAUGGCCUCGAUGAAACAGCACUCCACUCUUGGGAACAUUUGUUGGUGGUGCAGCUUUAGACUCAUGCAUAAACUUCAGGGUGAUGAUGCCUCUCCAUCAAAAAAAAAAAAAACAGCACUUAGAAAUACCAGAAUAAUAUACAGAUUUAUUAUGACUUUUUAAAUUUAUUUAUGUAUCUAGUUUCUUUCAGUUUCUACACAGGCAAAACACUUAACUCAGCCCUCCAGAAACACACCAUUGUUUGUGUAAAUAUAUUUGGAUUUUUUUUUGUGUUGACCUGUUUGCAGCUUCCUCUGGGUACCACGAGCGCAACCGCUUUCCCCUGGUUUCAUGAUUAUAGAGUUUUGCCCAUAUUCGUAAAUGAAGACUGCUGAUUCUCUUUUUGCUAGUCACUUGUAAGUUAAACAUCUCAUUUGACCAUAUCAGUAGUUUCAUUGUGGCUAGUUUACAGCCCUACUACGAACUUUCAAGAUUAAUUUGUUUUUGGGAAGCCAAAUGGCAAGAGUAAAAGUGCCAGUCUCACAUUUUAUGAAUAAUGGGACCUAUUUUAAGCCUCUGGAUGUCUGUCUGUCUGUCUGUCAGCGAGCAGAGGCCCAGGGGAAUGUUACGUCUUCCUGUUGAUAAAAUGCCUUGGCAUCACAGCACAACACUCCACAACACUGCACACUGCUAAGCCCUACAAACUCUGCCUAAGCAAGUUGUAGUAAGCUAACCAUGACAGCACUAUUAACAUGACAAGCAUGGCAGUUUUUAGGAAAAGCUAGAUUUGAUCUUCAUUGUGUAUUAUUUGUAUUUCUAAUUAUGUUAGGUGUUUAGCAUGUCCCUCAUUAGAAUGUGUUUAAAAUAUUGACUCAUGGACAAAAUGAAUUUUAACUUUUGGUGGAUAUUUUAUUAUCCAGAACAACUUUCUCUGAGCCUUUAACCCUGGCAGUAUUUGAGCCAUGCCUUCUGUUGCCGGGGACUGUUAAAGCCAUGCUCUGCACCUUUUUGUUAGAAAGGUUAGAAGUUUGAAUUUUUCUUUGUUAUAUUUUUCCCAACAGAAACAUCUGAGCAUGUAGAUUUUUCAUUAUUUAUAAGUCACAAUGAAAUGUUAGUUAGAACGUCUGCAGUUAAACAAGCGACGCAAACUGUGGACGAAAUUUAGUUAUGAGAUGGAUUUGAACAAAUCCUCCAAAUUUGAUUGGACCGCUCAAGAGUGGGCACAAUUUAGCACGUACAGAGGAUGACGCAGGACUGUUGGUCCCCACCCGCACCUCCCUCAAUAAAUGAAGCCUUAGCUACAUUCUGGAAAUGUAAACAAACUUUUGCCAACUGAUAUCCAAAUGCACAUGGAGGCAGGGUGGGGCGGGAUUAGCUGAUCGUCACAAUCACUCAUUGGAUUCAUUUGUGUAUAUGCCCCUGAGUUUAAGAUGAGUCAAUGAUAUUUUGUUUAUGUUUUAAAGAAAGAGGAAAAAGGAAAGACCUUGAUGUAAAAAUAAUCAGAAAUGAUUUUUAAAACAUAUUUUUGGCAUAUAACAGAACAGUCCACACAGAGGCAGCAUUACAGCUUGGAAAAAGCAUUUUUGUUUCACUGUCUUCAGAGCAGACUAUAGCUGGAUGGUUUCUGGAAAUGAGUAAUUUGGGAAUUUUCUCAGAGAUGAUCGCAGAACCAUGAAUGGCGUUGUUUCUUAUGUACUGAAAACCUCUUGACUGAAGAGAGAAUGUAGUGAGAGAAGGUGAAGGUGAAGGAGAAGGUGCCUCAGAGCAGCCUCACAAGCACCUGACACCUUCACAAUGUAUUUGGAUGUGUGUUCAACUAAAUUAUUAUCUUAGUAACCCCGACAAUAUGAAACUCGAAUCUCGUAAGCGAGAGUCAGAGGAAAGUCUGCACUUUGCCAGUUCAACUGUUGAUUGUAUUGAAAAGCCAAAGUUGUGGUCUGUUCUGAUGUGGUGCACGUGUGAUGACGUGUUAUUGCAGCAUUAAUAUUAAGCUACAAUGUAUUUAACUGCUAAUAUGGACCUUAUGUGCACUCAUCUCUUUACGUUCUUGCAUCAAGUCACGUUCUCUCUCUCUAAAGUCAGAUGCAGUGCCACUGAACAGACGGUAGGUUUAUCAGCAGAGAGCACCUCUCUCAUUUAAUUAGUCCUUCAUUUUCUUAACGUGCCAAAUCAGGCAUCACUGAGGCCUGUGAAAGCUAAUGCUGGAAUUGCAUCAUGCAGUAGAGUGGUUGGGGUAUACACUUAAAAAACAAUCAAGUUCUCAAUACCUUUUCAAAAGGACUGUAAGACGAAAGGUAGUCUAGUAUGCAUGUUUCUCGAGCAGCAUAACCAGUAUGUAUGAUGUACAUUUUGAAGCAACAUUAAGCAGUAUGUAUGUACAGUUACAGUCUAACCUCUUUUUCUAUGGCAGGCUUCAUGUGUGACAAACCUGUAGUGUUGUUAUCUUUAAUAUCCUUUGCCAUAUAUCCUGCAGAUUGAUUGUGUGUGUGCGCGUGUGCGCGCGUGCGUUUGUGUGUGUGUGUGUGUGUGUGUGUCCAUAUGCAUUAAUUGUCUUUCUGUACAGGUUGCAGAGCUUCAUUGGCAGGCCCCAAUGAAAACCCACACUAUGUAUGUAUGUGUGCGUGUGUGCGUGUAAAAGUCCAUGUGUCUGUGUGUGAUGACACUAAACUGUUGCAGUGAUGGUGUCUCUAAAUGUUUUGCAAGCCUUUUUUUUCCACUGGCUGGUUUGUGCCAGAGAAAAAAAAAAACAAAACUGCUGAAGCUUUUUGCAGAAAAAAGCUUCAGGAACUCUGAAACAUAAAAGAAGGGACACUUUUCUCAUACAUCAGAUGUAAAUGUUUUACUUGAAAUGUCAUGAAUCAGAACUGCUUUGCUGGUUUAGAGUUGAGAUGCAAGGGUUCAGUAUCUAUUUAGUACUGAUGGUGAGAGUGUGUGCGUGCGUGUGUGUACGUGUUGGGCUGUUGGUAAGCAGCGAAGGUUGAAACAUUUGUGUAAAGGCUGUUUGUUUGAUACUGGUAGUGAAUGUUAUUGAUGCCACAGUGCUAAAUUUCAGAGUAAAGAAGCAACUAUUUCUUGAACUAAUGAAGGACUGAAGUUGUACUCGAGUCCACGUUUCUAAGAUCAGGUGCAGUGAGAACUGUGAUGAAGUAUUUAAUAAGAUUCAAUCAUCUUGGAUUUCUAUUUUCAGCCUCCGAAUCAUAUGAAUGAGGCCCGGCACCGAAGUGAUAGUUGUCGCAUCUUCCCAGAGCAUGUUUUUUUCUUUUUUGAAAGUUCUCCUGGUGUCCAACUUUGGUGCUGACUUGGUGCAGGAAUUCUGCAAUAAUUGUUGCACUACUUUUUCCUCCCUUAAGCGAAAGGCUUUGAUGGCACCCGUUCUUUAUCUUAACUGUCAAAAAGCUCAGCAAUGAAAACACAGGCUCAUGUUCACAGAUCUGCCUGUCACAGGGCCAGUUGAACCGGUUUUAUUACUAAGCCGGCUUUGUCCGUCAGAUCAACAAUCUGCAGGAGAUUGAGUAUCACAUAAUGAUACGUCAUCAUUGUACCUGCUAUUUUACCAGUGCUGAGAAAUACUGAUACAUUUUUGUGACGUAACAGAGAGGAGGGAAACCCUACUUUCAUUCAUCAUAUCUUGAGUUUGCCCCCGACCUGUGAUUCCCAGACAAACGGUGGACAUAAUAACAUAAACACCCAGGAAAUAUAACGCAAUUCAAUGCAAUAUCCAUGUAGUACAUACUACCUUUUGAGAUGCUUACAGUGUAGUCUGUUUUCGGUGACUGUCAGACAAGUCUUUUAUUUUAAGAUGUUCAUGUUACUGUUCCUGUUUGUUCACCUGAUGGACAGGUGUUCACAUUGUUGUGUCCACCACCUUGAUAUAUCAAAACACUGUCAAACCCUCAGUUACACUCUCUUCCUUUUUUUGUUUUGCUUUGUUUUUUAAAAAGCCUUUGAAUGGGCUUUAAACAGAAUGAAUGUCGAGGGUUUUAAACUCUACUUGCAGAAAGAAAAUCAACCUCGGAUCAAAGAGCAAAUAUGGUAAAUAAUUUCAGAUUAUUGAUCAUUUGUGAUCAUUUUAUUUGCAUCUCAUGUCCCGAAUUCUCACUUAAAACAGGAACAUUGACUUAACAGUGUGUGGUUUCAUGUUCUGUUCUGUAUGCAGUUCUGUAAACUACAUUACAGUGUGUCACUCAUAUAUUUCCAUAGCAUACCAUGCUGUCAGAACCUUAACUUAUACUAUGAAUGAAUGUACAACGGGCCAAUGUAUUGUUUUUCACAGCCUACCUGCAUGAGAUUGGGUAAAGAUGAAUAUUCUUCCUCUUUUUUUUGUUUGUUUUUAUUUAGUCUGCUAGGCAGCCACGCAGAUGUUUAUAAAUUAAUGCCUUAAGUUUGCUCCCUGUAGGAACAAUUUCUAGGACACGUUCAUUCUCACAAUAACCUGCGUUUUUAUUUAUAAGUGUAUAUUGUGUUUUGUUUUGGCUCCCAGGUCACAGAGUAAAGGUUUGUACCCUGACUGACUGGCUGGUCAUCUGAGUGUUCUGUGAAGAUGUACAAAUAAAUUUGUUAAACAUU